UUUUCAGUCGUCGCCCUUACAUUCAUCUCAUCUCUCUCUCUCUCUCUCUCCAUAAACUGAGAGUUAUAAGAAUCUGAAGCACAUCAACUAGAUCGAAGACGAAUCUCUCUCUCUCUCUCUCUCCGUGAAUGGGGCCAUUUUCGAGCCUUCAGGGUUAUAUUACCUUAAAGACAAAGAAACUUCGGCUUUUCCACGUCGCCGGAAUUGCCAUCCUCUGCUCUCUGUUCUACCUCAUCGGACUCUGGCACAGCGGCGGCGGCGGCGCCACCUCCAGAAUCACAUGCAUCCCAUCAACCGCCGCCACCCAAAUCCUCAAUCCUCUCGACUUCAUCGCCCGCCACUCCGCCGAGGACCUCUUGCACCAGCCCCCCACGGCCGAGCAUGCAAGGCACUUCCCGCCGUGCGGCCAGAACUCCACCGAGUACACGCCGUGCGAGGACCAGACGAGGUCGUUGAAAUUCGACAGGGACCGGCUGGUUUACCGAGAGCGCCACUGCCCGGAGCGGGAGGAGAGAUUGAGGUGCAGGAUCCCGGCGCCGUACGGAUACAGGAUGCCUGUCCGGUGGCCGGAGAGCCGGGACUCGGUGUGGUACGCAAACGUGCCGCACAAACACUUGACGGUGGAGAAGGCCGGCCAGAACUGGGUCCGGUUCGAGGGCGACCGGUUCAGCUUCCCCGGCGGCGGAACCCAGUUCCCGCGUGGCGCCGACGCCUACAUUGAUGAGAUCGACGAAUUGAUCAAUCUCCGAGAUGGAUCAAUUCGGACCGCCAUUGACACCGGUUGUGGGGUUGCUAGUUGGGGAGCUUAUCUUCUAUCUAGGAACAUCUUAGCCGUGUCAUUUGCGCCAAGAGACACACACAUAGCGCAGGUACAAUUUGCUCUUGAACGGGGAGUUCCAGCUCUGAUUGGAGUACUGGCUUCGAUUCGUUUACCUUACCCUGCGCGAGCUUUCGACAUGGCUCAUUGCUCUCGAUGCCUCAUUCCAUGGGGCCAAUAUGAUGGCAUUUACUUGAUCGAAGUUGAUCGAAUCCUACGCCCUGGUGGCUACUGGAUUCUGUCUGGUCCACCGAUAAAUUGGGAGAACCGGUGGCAAGGGUGGAACAGAACUGCAGAGGACCUCAAGUCCGAUCAGGACGUAAUCGAGGGUGUUGCCAAAUCCCUGUGCUGGAAGAAAUUGGUGCAGAGGGAUGGCAUAGCCAUUUGGCGGAAACCAACUAAUCACAUUCACUGUAAAAUCAACCGUAAGGUCUUCAAAAACCCGCGCUUCUGCCGAGGACAGGAUCCGGAUGAGGCAUGGUACACCAAGAUGGAAACUUGUUUAACUCCUCUGCCUGAAGUGUCAGAUAUCAAAGAAAUCGCCGGUGGGCAGCUGGCAAAGUGGCCGGAGAGAUUGACGGCGACCCCUCCAAGGAUUCUCAGCGGAAGCCUGGGAGAAAUCACGGCAGACGUCUUCAGAAACAACACAGAACUAUGGAAGAACAGGUUGGCGCAUUACAAGGCUUUUGACCAUCAGCUGGCAGAAAAAGGUCUAUACAGGAACUUGCUGGAUAUGAAUGCUUACUUGGGAGGCUUUGCGGCUGCACUGGUCGAUGAUCCUGUCUGGGUUAUGAACACUGUGCCCGUUGAGACAAAGCCCAAUACUAUUGGAGUCAUCUACGAGCGUGGAUUAAUUGGAACUUAUCAAAACUGGUGCGAGGCCAUGUCUACUUAUCCAAGAACAUACGAUUUCAUUCAUGCCAAUUCAAUCUUUAGUCUCUACAAGAACAAAUGUGAGAUGGAAGACAUUUUGCUAGAAAUGGACCGGAUACUGCGGCCGCAAGGCAGCGUAAUUAUCCGGGACGAUGUCGAUGUCAUAGAAAAUGUGAAGAGCAUUGCAGAUGGGCUGCAAUGGCAGAGCAGGAUGAUUGACAGUGAAGGAGGUCCCCUCCACAGGGAGAAGAUCCUGUUUGCAGUUAAGAUGUACUGGACUGCCCCAGCUGCUCAUGAACAAAGGCCACAAGGCUCCAAAUCGAAUUCAUAAAUUCAUAAUCAUGGUUUUGGUUCUUCUUUUUCUGGUUCAAAACUAGUCAAUUUUUUCUGUCUAUUUGGAUCUCACAGUUACAUUUCUUUGUGCUUAGAAAUGGAUGUUCCAUAUUUAUUCAUUCAUUGGAUGAUGUUUGAGCUGAAAUCUUGGGGUCGUAAUGUAAAGAAACUGGUUUGAAAAGUUUUAUGUAAUGCAAGUUACAAAUGUCGCUUUUUUUGCAA